AUGAAUGUACCUUAUAUGUGGAAUUACAUUGAUGCUAAGAGAGUUUGUGAGAUGUUUGGAGCUGGCUUGGCAAAUUUACAGCAGCUAACAGCAGCUUGGAAGAUUGGCUACGACAAGUGCAGUUGGGGUUGGUUGGUCGAUGGUACAGUCAGGUACCCUAUCUUCUACAAACGAAAUCAUAAUAGCUGUGGAUAUCAAGGGUUGGUGCGUAUUGUGGGCUAUACAACGGUGCAAGACAAAGUUAAUCGUAAAGCUGGCGCGUAUUGCUAUAAAGAAUCAGACAGGUGCAACGAGGAGAGCUGGUAUCAACAUGACCAAAAAUGCUACAAGUUCUUCCUGGAUUCCAAGUCUUCCUGGAAUGAUGCAAAUCGCACAUGCGCGCAGUUGGGAGGUGUGCUCGGUUUGAUGACGAUAAAGGCAAAGCUCCUUUUUGUGAAAGACUUUKUAGAAAGGCAGAAAAGUUCACAUGAACAAAUCAUGAUUGGACUUCGAAAGGAUUCGGGGGGAUCAUGGAAAUGGAAUGAUGGGAAACCUCUUAAUACCUCCCUGACAGAGUGGCAGGUCACUCAGCCAAGCGGACCAAUCGGGACGGUCAAURUACAGUCAACGUCMCUUAAUAACGUACCUGAGGAUGAUAAGCUGCCGUUUGUUUGUCAGAAAGACAUACAGGAAUARYCUCUAAAUCUGUAUAGAAUAUACRUAGAAUAUAGGAUGGCCUUAGCUUUUAAUUAUGCUAUUUGGGCUACAGCAGACUUAGCUUCAUUUACGUCCCAUCUACCUCCUUAUAUUUAUUACAAGAUGACGUACUCUAGAUAGAAUACGCGGUUUUUGGCAUUUCUCUUUUGAUUGAUGGUCAUGAUGCCCGAAUCUCAGUUUUACUAUUUUUUGGUCAAAUUUCCCCGUUGAACUAGUGAUUGCAAUUGUAUAUAAACCUUUUGAAAAAUCAAUGUGCGACAGACCAAACUUAAAGCCCCAUCGUCUAUCUUAUGGCAUGAAAUAACAUUGAAAAAAAUCGCGCACUUUAAAGGUUGUAAAUAUUAUGUAAGUGUCAUGAAAUUAAAUUUACAAACUUUUAAAGU